GGUAGUUUCUUGACAUCUCUCCGCAAGAAAGGAGAGACAAAAUAUUUUCGUUUUGUGUUUUUCCACUUUAUUUAGCUCUAUUUUCGGGAAGUGCGCGGUGAAAAUUGCCCGAAAAGACUUGCACGCUUUCCCAGUGCUGGUGGGAAAAUGAUGGAACCCGAGGGCGACAGCGUGAGCAUCAAGUCAUCAGACUCCGUGACCACGAGUGGAGAGUACGAGAUUGUUCCCGAGGGAAUGCUGUCAGCCUUGAGAUCUCCCGGAGCAGCCCAGACUCCUGGUCAAGUCGCCUCCUCGCCCACACUCAACAUCGCCAACAACGGCGACUUGCAGGACCUCGAGAAGAAUCUCACAGAAGUCAUCCACGAGUUGGAGGACAAGCAGCAGAAGACAGACGCUCCGCCCGAAGCUGUACGCGGACCGAGGCCCUCCAUCUCCAAGGGGGGCGCCGAGCCCGUGGCCCCGACUCUGCCCUCGCCCGAGGUGAACAAAGUGGGCCAAUCGAUUUUCUACGACUGUCUCGAUUUGAGUCCAACGGCCGAAAACCAGGACGACAUGAAGCCCGAACAGAACGACACGGAGGAAGAUAUGUCGGAAAUCGACCAAGAUUGCACGAUCUUCUCAGGUGUGACCUAUUUGGGCGCGGCGAACAUCAACGCCCCGAAAUCCGAGACGGAGAUCCAUCGCAACAUGUCAGAGCUGAACAACAUCUCUAACAGUGUGGGCCUCAAGGUGUCCGUCAGCAUUCCCACGUGCUCCGAGGGCCUCGUGGUGCUGCACGACGCCACGACGAACGCCAUCGUCGCUCACUACGAGGUGCACCGCAUCCUCUUCUACGCCCGCGGGCCGGCGACCACCCACGACCAGGCGUGCUUCGCCUUCACGUGGUCUCACGGCGACUCGCAGGAGUCUGCGGUGUUUCAGUGCCACGUCUUUCGCUGCCACAUUCCCGAGGCCGUGAAUCAGGUCAGCUCGUGCUUCGCCAAGGCGUUCGAGCGCUUCCCGGCCAGCCUUACGGGCAGCGUGACAUCCGCCGUGGACAGCAGCGCCAUGGUGGGGUCCGUGGUGAGCGACUUGUCCGCCAACGUCCUGAAUGCGGCCGAGUAUGAGUUCGUGGUGUCGCUGGAGAUUCGCGAGAAGAUGAGCAAGAACACGUACAGCGUGCCGCGCGACAGGAGUGGCUUCAAGUUGCGCUGCAAUACGAACAAGGAGGUGCACAUCACGGUGAAGCAGACCCUGAGCGAGGCUCUGCCCACGCUGACGAUCGAGAGGUGCUUCGGUGUGCUGCUGGCGCCGGGAAAGCUCGUGCGCCAGGCGGACAUGCAGCUGCUGGACAUGGUGUCGAUGGAAUACGCGCGCACGGAAAACGCGCCCGCCUUGGCCGUGCCGUCGUAUCAAAUCACGGCGGAGUGGAAGGCCACGGACAAGGCGUUCGAGCAGCUGAAUCUCGAGAGGCAGUCGAUGGAGAUCACGGUGGCGGUGGACUUGGUCAUCAAGGGCAUCCAGGAGCCUGUGAGAUUCGUCAUUGAGACGCCAGUGACGAUCCAGCCGCAGAGUGAGUUGAGAUUCAUCGAGAAUUGGCUCAACAAGAAAUCCAAUCUCGUCAUGCGAUACUAUUUACAGCUGAAGAAGAACGGCGAAGGAAUGUGGGUCGUGGCUUCAGUGGAUCGCUCUGAGGAGAUCGCCGAAACGAAUACUCAGCCGUCGAUUCUGCGCUUCAGCAUCAACAAUCUCUCGAAGAUGGUGCGUUCCACAAGUGCCGUGUCGUUCGAACAAGAGGACAGUCCAACGGAUUACAGCUCUGACGGCGACGAGCCGCUGCUGAGCGGCACUGGUGAAGUGUCGAAGGAGUGCUCGAAGGAUCUGCUGGACGAGUGGAAGCCCAUCUUGCAGGAGUACGAGAGGCCGGGCAGCAAGAGACCGAAGAUGCUGGCGCCACUCGUUAGGAUUGGCAUUCCGGAGGCGCUGCGCGGAACGCUAUGGCAGAAGCUGGCCAAGGUGGAGAAUUCCACGGAGCUGACAGAGAAAUAUCGACUCCUGAUCACGAUGGAGACGAAGUGCGAGACAGUGAUUCAGCGGGACAUUCACAGGACUUUUCCGGCGCACAGAUUUUUCCGGGAAUCGGGUGGAUUUGGCCAGGAUGCGCUAUACAAAGUGUCUAAGGCGUACGCGGUGUACGACUCUGAGGUGGGCUAUUGCCAGGGAUUGAGCUUCAUCGCGGCCAGCUUGUUGCUGCACAUGCCCGAAGAGGAGGCAUUCUGUGUCCUCGUGGCGCUGAUGUAUGAUUAUGGCCUACGGGAUCUGUACAAGCACGGCUUCGAGAGUCUCUACCUGAGGCUCUACCAGCUGAAUCGACUGCUGAAGGAUCAGCUGCCGCGUCUGUACGAGCACUUUGCCCAGAUCGGCGUAGAGACGCACAUGUUUGCCAGCCAGUGGUUUCUCACGCUCUUCACGGCGCGCUUCCCGCUCUACUUCGUCUACCACAUUCUCGACGUAUUCCUCCUGGACGGCAUGCCGAUCCUCUUCCAGGUGGCGAUGACGCUGCUGUCGGUGUACGAGCAGGAGCUCCGGCAGCUGGACUUCGAGGGCGUCCUCAAGUACUUCCGCGUGACAUUGCCGAAGAAGUGCCGCAAUGAGAAUCAGGCCAAGAAGCUGAUGAAAAUGGCGUGCGAGCGGAAGGUGAAGCGCCUCAAGCACUACGAGGAGGAGUUUGUGGCCCAGCGGGAGCUGACGGAGCGCGAGGAGGCGGAGACGCGUCAGUACGAGAUGCGCUUCCACGAUGAACGCAAGAAGCUGCAGAGUGAGAUUGUGCAGAUGCAGGAGAAGAUCACGCAACUCACGGAGCAGGCGAAGGUGAAUUCGGGCAUUGUGCUGGACUACAAGCAGAUCAUUCAGCGCCAGGAGCAGCAGAUUACGCGCCUGAGCGAUCAGCUGGAGGACAUGACGCGCGAGAUGGCGAAUUGUGUGGUGUGUUCGGGUCAGAUGGCGGCGCCGCAGCCCAAUUCGCCCAUCCGGAAGGUGCUGGGUGUGACUGGGAAGGCACCCGAGAUGCCGCUGGGACCGCUAGAUCCACUGAAUGUCGCCCUCCAGAGGAUACGAGAGCUGGAACUAGAGCUGGCGCAAGCGAAGUUGGCACAGGUUGAGGCGGAGUGCAAGAAUCAGGAUCUGAAGCAUCAGCUGAACACGACUCUGACGGAGAUCCAGACGAACCGCAGCAGCUGGCAGCCGUGGCUUUCGAAGACGCUGAAUUCCAUCCAAGAGAAGGUUUCGACGCGCAGCAAUUUGCCAACAUUUCAAUCCUACACUAGUCCAGACGCAGUUCAGCCGGUGAAGCCACGCGAGGGUGCAUCGAAUUUGAAGGCAACUCAGCGCAGCAGCUUGAGGAAGAGUGUGGAAUUGUCGCCAAAGCAUUCAUCGGCAGAGCCCAAAACUGCGGAAGGAGCAGUGAGUUGCGAUGUGAAAUAACAGCGAGAUUCUUCCAUGACGAGGAGCGUGUCGUUCUCGUGAUUUCUGGCGAUUUGUGCCAGACCAAAGAUUGGUCACGAGACGUUGUGCAGUAUUUUUCUGUUAAUCCUCUGCAAUUUUUAGGCAAACUAUUAAUGCAUGCAAGAGAAUCAGCUUCACAGAUGGAAGGUGGUGAUGCUUUCCAUGGCGCUUUCGAGGGUGUUUUGUGAUAGAAUUCGGGAGGAGAAGACGAUUGAGGCCAAGAAGAAAGGAUACCAUGAUAUUUUAGAAUGAGAAACACACUGAAAUGAUAUAAAAAAAAAUGAUAAUUUUUGUACCGCACUCGUAGUUACAAUGCUAGUGAAGAUACUGUAGAUCUGCGCUUAGUGAUUUAUUUCCCGUAGAACUUGUUCUGUCGUCUUGAAUAAUCACAUUUUUCCUACACAAAGUAACUUAACAAGAGAAAUCAUAUGCAUUUAUGUACCAUAUUGGAGGAAUAUGAUAAUAUUUAAAGAUGAUAUUCCAAUUUUUAUGCCAUAAUGUAAUCGUACAUUUAGAAUUUAUCAACUUAAAUAUACACUGAUG